AUGAGGGCCUCUUCCUCGCUCCGGAGUCUGCGUCUGAGGCAGGCCAGCGCACAGCUCUACAGCAGAAAUAGCCGGUUGUUCUCAUCUUCUCGUCGCUGCUACGAUGAUGCCUCCGAUGCCGCCGGACUGAACCGAGUCUCCAGCCAUGUCACACAGCCGAAAUCCCAAGGCGCCUCGCAGGCCAUGUUAUACGCUACAGGAAUGAAGGAAGAUGACAUGAACAAGCCGCAGGUGGGCAUAUCUUCGGUGUGGUAUAGCGGCAAUCCCUGCAACAUGCACCUGAUGGAUCUCUCCAACACUGUGAAAAAGGGUGUGGCGGACUCGGGAUUGGUGCCCAUGCAAUUCAACACCAUCGGUGUAUCGGACGCCAUAUCGAUGGGCACCACGGGCAUGAGAUACAGUCUACAAUCCCGAGAGAUCAUCGCGGACUCGAUAGAAACCGUCAUGCAGGGCCAAUGGUACGACGCCAACAUCUCCAUCCCUGGCUGCGACAAGAAUAUGCCCGGUGUUGUGAUGGCCAUGGGCCGCGUCAAUCGACCGUCGAUUAUGGUUUACGGAGGCUCGAUCGCUCCCGGGUGUGCGCGGACGCAGAACAACGCCGACAUCGACAUCGUCUCGGCGUUCCAGGCCUACGGACAGUUCAUCACAGGCGAGAUCGAUGAAACCCAACGGUUUGAUAUCAUCCGCCACGCUUGUCCCGGCAGCGGCGCCUGUGGCGGGAUGUACACCGCGAACACGAUGGCGUCGGCCAUUGAGACGCUGGGAAUGACGCUCCCAGGCAGCUCGUCCAACCCGGCCGAGUCGAAAGCCAAACAUCUGGAGUGCUUAGCGGCAGGUGGGGCGAUAAAGAACCUGCUCAAACUCGACCUCAAGCCGCGCGACAUCAUGACACGCCAGGCCUUCGAAGACGCCAUGGUGGUGGUGAUGAUCACCGGCGGCUCAACCAACGCUGUGCUACAUCUGAUCGCGAUGGCCGACGCCGUAGGGAUCAAGCUAACCAUCGACGACUUCCAAGCCGUCAGCGACAAGACGCCCUUCCUGUCAGAUCUUAAACCCUCUGGCAAAUAUGUCUUCAACGACCUGCAUCAAAUCGGCGGCAUCCCAGCCCUUUUGAAGCUCCUCGUCAAAGAAGGCGUCGUCAAGGGCGACAGUAUGACUGUAACAGGCCAGACACUCAAAAAGAACGUCGAGUCCGCCCCGGACUUCCCCAGCGACCAGACCAUCAUCAGACCCUUCUCCCAGCCCAUCAAGAAGACCGGCCAUAUCCAGAUCCUACGCGGCAGUCUCGCGCCGGGCGGCAGCGUCGGCAAAAUCACAGGCAAAGAAGGCUUACGGUUUGUGGGCAAAGCCAAGGUCUACGACGCCGAGGAUUUGUUCGUCGAGGCCCUCGAGCGUGGCGAGAUCAAGAAGGGCGAGAAGACUGUCGUGGUAAUCCGGUAUGAAGGCCCGAAAGGCGGUCCUGGCAUGCCGGAGAUGUUGAAGCCCAGCUCGGCCAUCAUGGGCGCCGGUCUGGGUAAGGAUGUCGCGCUCAUCACCGACGGUCGGUUCAGCGGCGGCUCGCAUGGCUUUUUGAUCGGCCAUAUCGUCCCGGAAGCCAUGGAGGGCGGUCCGAUCGGGCUGGUGCGUGACGGCGACGAGAUCGUCAUUGAUGCCGAGACGCGCAAGUUGGAUCUGCUGGUGGAUGACGCCACACUGGCGAAGAGACGCGAGGAAUGGAACCGCGAUAAACCCGCCCCGAGGUACAAGAGGGGCGUGUUGGCCAAAUAUGCCAAGUUGGUCAGUGAUGCUAGUCAAGGGUGCAUCACGGAUAAAGAGGAUGUAGUGAAGAUCCAUUGA